ACAACAGCCGAGCUGGCAUCGCAAUUCAUUCGCCGCCGCUGAUUGCCUUUAGUACCUGAGGCGAGGAGGAGGCGGUGGUGGUACUACGUACCGUGAAGCAAGGAUCGCCUCGGACAGCUUUCUUCGUGCCCCUCCCCAAACCCCUCCUCCUGGCGUCCCCUCUCCCCUGGGCUCCCUCCUUUUUGUCCUUCAUCAUCAUCACUCCCCUCCCCCUCUUGCCCAUCGAGCAACAUCUACCAGCGUUGCUCGUCGCUCACUUGGCCUCCAACUAAAGCUAUCAACACCACGCGCACCCAAGCUUGCGGCAACCCGCCAUGCUCGACUUCAGGAAUCCCGGCCUCCUGCUGGGCUUGAUUAUCCUCGUCGCCCUGGUCACCCCGGCCGCCGCCUUUGGUGCUGGCAACAUUGCCUCCAUCUCCAAGGUCGAGGGCCAGAACUGGCGACACGGCGAUAUUGAAGAUGCGCUCCUCACUCUGGCCAUGGCCCGCGCCAUGAAGCACAAGAAGUUCAACAAGAUCAUGGUCUCCCGAGUUUAUUUUGGCAACUGGCUGCGUGACUACUCCCAGGCCAUCGACGUGGGCACCGUCAAGUCCGUGUCCGCCGAGGCCAUCCGUCUGCUCCUCUCGGUGCUCGGAUUCUUGACCUUUGGCUACGGCUCUGGCGAGUUCGAAAUCACCGCAGACCGCCUUGGCUGCUACCGCCCCGAGGAUCACAUUGACAACCCCAAGAACUAUGCCGACAACCAGGAUGCUCGUCAGUACGACCGACGGCUCCGUGGCCCCGUCGAUGAGGAGCGAGAACUGGCCGUCGACCCGGAGACGGGCAUGAAGAACUACAUCGCCAAUGAGCGUGCCGGAAUCAUGACCUCUGCUAAGCACGUGAGGAAGCUGUUCUCCGGCUGCAUUGAGCUCGGCCGUCGCUACAAGGAUCGCGGUAACAAGGAGGACCUGUACGAAUCGCUGCGCCUGAUGGGCACUGGCCUGCAUUGCCUCGAAGACUUCUUUGCCCAUAGCAACUACACAGAGCUCGCCUUGAUCGAGAUGGGCGAGCGCGACGUCUUCCCGCACGUCGGGCGAGACUGCAGAAUUCGCCUCGAGGGCGCCCGCGGAGACGUUCACCCUAUUGUCACCGGUACUUUUGGCGGCGUCGACUUUCUCCACUCCGUCGUGGGCGAAGUUUCCGACAAGAUGACCCAGAACGAGAUCGAGGAACUCGAGGGCACCCUUCAGGACAGCAAGACUGCAGACACGAGCCUUCUCCGUGAUCUCCUCGACAAGAUCCCCGACGGUCUUUUUGGUAACAAGAAUCAGAGCUCUAGGAUCGACGAGAUUCAGAGCAACGCCAACGCCGCCCAGAUGCAGAACACAUCCGUCUCGCCGCGCAACCCGGAGGAGUUCACUGUCUACGUCCGAAACAUUUAUCAGCAGAUCAUGCCGGCUAUCCAGUUCCAUGACGACGUCAUGAAGAGUAUCACGAGCGCUGUCGAGAAGAUCCCCGUGCUUCCCAAGAUUAUCGAGCAGCUGGAGGAGCAGCUGUCUAAAUUCGUCUUCUCCAUCAUCGCUCCAUUUGUCGUCCCCCUGAUUCAGCAGAUCCGCAACGAACUGCGCACCGGAUCCGAGGAGAUUGUCCACAGCAGCGAGCAGGAGCAGCACAUUGUCUUCAACAACGAUCGCUGCGAUGAUCCCACUCACUCGAUGUUGUCCAAGGACCACUUUUCUAACAUUCUGAACGAGAUCGCCGGCCGGACGGCCGCCAGAAUGCUGCAUUGGGUUGUGCCUCAGCUCAUGGAUGCCAUUGACGACGAUAACACCGACGUCAACAGGCUCCUCGACCGCAUCGUCAACGGUGUCAUGCACCACCCUGCGCAAAAGGACAUGGGGCGCGACGGCGUCUCCGAGGCGCGCAACAUCAUCUUCGAUCAGGUUAAGGAAUGGUGGAACCAGAUGGGCGACGACCAAAGGAACGACUAUCGCCGCAAGCUGUCUCGCGAGGGCGUCCAGCGAGGCGAGAACCAUAAGGAAGGCGUCUACGACACUGGCCACGGCCACGGUUGCUGUGGCAAGCUGCAGAUGCGCAAGCUGUACGGCGAGCCAGACACGCUGGAGGGCAAGAUUGCGGGGGCAGCUGCCGAUGCCAUCUUCCAAGGCGCGACCGGUGCCAUCUCUGGCCUCGUGGAGCAGAACACUGGCUUCAAGCUGCCUUCCACACAGGGAUCCCAGCAGGAGCAGCGUCAGGAAGAAGGAGGCCUGGGUGGCUUCCUUAGCGCAGCAGGCUCCAUUCUCGGCGGUGCGUUUGGCAAGGAUGAGACGGAGAAGCACAGUAGCCAGCGUCGCGAGGACGAUGGCUCGUACACGCAGACAGAGACAGAGUACGGCCGCCACGGCAACCGUUACGGGCAGGCUCAGUACACGGAGACCCAGCGCCCUGACGGCAGCAGCCAGUCUCAGUACAGCCGCUUCGAGCAGCAGGAUUCGUACGGCGGCCGUCAGACGUCUGGCUACGGGUACGAGGAGACGACGGAGAGCCGUCCGACGUAUGGCGGCGGCUACGAGCAGCGAACCGAGCGUCACGAGUAUAAGAGCUCGAACGCAGAUAGCUAUGGAGGUGGUCGUACGGGCGGGCACGCCAGCGAGUACUCGCGCCAGGACAAUGACAGCUACGGACGUCGCCAGGAGAGCAGCGGUUACGGCCGAGAGGAGAGCGGCUACGCCAGUGGGUAUGGACGCCAGGAUAAGGACAGCUACGGCGGCGGCAACCGCCGUCGUGACGAUGACAGCUAUGGCAGCGGCUAUGGCGGUGGAAACAGGCGCGACGAGGACAGCUACGGCGGUGGUGGCAGGCGCCGUGACGAUGACAGCUAUGGCGGUGGCGGCGGCUACAAAGGUCGCGAGGACAGUGGCUACGGCGACGAGUAUGGACGCCGCGAGGAGGGAGGCUACCGAGGGUCCGAGGGCCGAGGUGGCUACGCCGCCGAGUACGAGCGCGGGGGCGACGACGACGACAACGAGAGCGGCCGUCGACGCCAGCACCACGGCCGUCGCGAGGAGGGAGGCUACGGAGGCGGCGGCUACGGUGGUGGAUACUAGAGCGUUUCGCGGUCAUUCGUGACGGUGAGGCAGGGUCUGGUACUCUGUCGCACGCUUUGUCUGCGCUGAGCGUGCUAGCGUGAGUCGACGAACCGACAGGCUGAGGGGAAAGGGAAAAAACUGGUGGAGAUAUCUCGCAUGGGCGGUGGUUCGGGAACGAUGUCUGACAGAUAGGGCUCAUAGAAUGCCAGAUUGAUGGAU